AUGUGACAGGUGACAUUUUAUAUGCAAUUUAAUCAAAUAUAGAAGUUCGACCAGCAAGGUUCUAUACAUUUUCAUCACAGAAGUACUUAAAUUUUUUGGAUAAAAAGAAACAAUGAACUCAUUGACCCGUACAACUGCCUUCGCUCCGCGCUUAAUCAGGUGCGCAGCAAUGAGUAGCGGUCAAGGUAAAGCCGGUGCAAUCAACGAAGAGGGUGGAACUUUCGGAAAGUUAGAGGUAGCCCGCGAAGCCGAAUAUUUUUACAAAAAGCAACUCCAACAACUUGCCGAACUUAAAGCGAAGGAGAAUGUUUCGGCUGAACAAUUGCUGAAGAAUCAGAUUAAAGAACACGAAGAUGCACUAAACCGUUCCAAGGAAAGCUUGGCCAAGUUGAAGAAGUAAAUGUGGGAUGUGUGAUCCAAACGUUCUAAAUGUGUUGCUGACGAUCUUUCACAGCACCUCAAUAAUACCUCUAUCAAUGUGCAUUACACGUCAUAAUUUUCGGUUUAUUCUGCAGCAAAUUCGUGAAUAAAUGUCUUGCAGACGAAAAAAUUGUGUU